GCCGCACAUUGGUGAGCCCAGAAGCUGCAACAGCGCCUCGCCUGCCUCCUUGCGCCCUCUCUCUCCGCGCACUGGGCGGCAGCAGCAAGUUUUCAGCCAGAGGACUCCCCGGCGUGCUGGGCCGGAGAGGCUUGGCUGGCUGGCUGGCUGGCUGGCUCCGGUGAAAGGUCUCUUGGAGGGGCCAGGCUCCGCGUUGCGCAGCUCCAGCAACGAACUUGAGAGAACUUGGGAAGGGAGCCCCGAGGGAAGGCGGGCGAGAGGGCGCCUUCGCCUCUCCGUCAGCCCCGGCCCUCCCCGCGGAGGUGGCCGUCGGGCGGCGAGGUUGGGCGGGCGAGGGAGAAGCCGCUGUCGGGGCGCGAGGCUGGGGGGACGCGGCCGAGGCGGCCGUCGGCGAGGCGCAGGGGCGGCGGGAGCUCGCGGGAGGGCACCCCGCGGGGAGCCGUCGUCGGCAGCGGCGGCCUCGGCGGGGAUGGCUGCGGCGGGCAUCACCACCCUCCCCGCGAUGCCCGACGACGGCGGCGGAGGCAGUGGCGGCACCUUCGCGCCCGGACACUUUAAGGAUCCCAAGCGGCUCUACUGCAAAAACGGCGGCUUCUUCCUGAGGAUCAACCCCGACGGCAGAGUGGAUGGAGUCCGGGAGAAGAGCGACCCUUACAUCAAAUUGCUGCUUCAGGCAGAAGAGAGAGGAGUCGUGUCAAUCAAAGGUGUGUGUGCAAACCGUUUCCUUUCUAUGAAUGAAGAUGGCCGGUUGUUAGCACUGAAAUACAUAACAGAUGAAUGCUUCUUUUUUGAACGCUUGGAAUCUAAUAACUACAAUACAUAUCGAUCUCGUAAACAUAGUGAUUGGUAUGUUGCACUGAAACGAACUGGGCAGUAUAAACUCGGACCAAAAACUGGACGAGGACAGAAAGCUAUCCUUUUCCUUCCGAUGUCUGCCAAGAGUUGA